UCGACGGCUGGUGCCUCGCAGUGACGGAAAACCUCGUGGCUAAUGCUUAUUUAUGGUCUGCGGCAUGGCCAUUGCUGUUGAGCAGCUCAAACGGCAAUACAUUGUCUUAACAAUGAAUAAUUUGGCUGGGAAUAGCUCACGACCUGGAAAUCAGGUCUGCUUGCUUUUUUGCAAAAUGUCAUGGAAGUUGGUUUGAUCAUCCUAUGCGUCAAUAUGCACGUACACUUGGGAAUUAUGAAGUGGGCGCGGAAGGUCCACAACCUGAGCAAAUACCCUGGCAAGCCAAUAGCCACUAUGAGACAGCUUGCUGUAAUGCCCGCCUCCCGCCUGUGGUGUGGAUUUUUUUGCCUUGCUGAUUACUCAGAGAAGAAACUAAACUGGGGCUGCAAUACUAACUGGGAAGCCAUGCAAGUUCAAACCGGUGGCACUCCCCAGGACCUGGGCUGCAACCAUUGCCAGAAAGGCCAUGGAUUGUUCCAGAGCUGCAUGGUUAUGGAGGGGAAGCACAAGGGAUCAUGUGCGAUGGAGUCUACGUUUGUGCCAAAGUAUCUUGUUUUGUGCUCCUGCUUAAUUUGAUCUUGAUCGCCACAACAGCUGGACUCAUCUGCAAAGCUCACAAGAGCGAACUCGC